CAUCGAUUUCUUCGACUCCUUCUUCCUCUUCUUCUUCUUCUUCUUCUUCUUCGUAGUUGCCGAAACGCGACGCGUUCCUGUCCUUCCCUCGUCAAUCGGAAUUCCCUCGUUCUUCCUCUCUCUCUCUCCCCCCGUUCAACAAAACGGCGUCUUGCCGUCGUCUUCUGCCAUAGAGACCGAAUCGAACGUGUCCAACCCUUCAAACAAGUCCUUUCCCCCAAAUUUCCCCUCUCUUUCUCCUCGUCUCUCCGCGCGCGCGCGCUUGUUGUUAUAUAUGUGGAGGAAUCGGACCGGUAUAGCCAAGCUCGUGGGCAGAUCUGCGAUGCAAUUUGGCUUCCGGUUCUUGAAUUCGUCGGGAUUCUUCUGAAGGCGGGGGCUCUGAGGAUAUGACCGGCGCUUCGCAUGUCGCCGGCGGUGGCGGUACAACUCGAGAUUUCCUCUGCCAUGCCGGUGCCGGUGCAGCUGCGGGUUCUAUUGCGGCCACCUUUGUUUGUCCCUUGGAUGUUAUCAAGACGAGACUGCAGGUCCAUGGCGUCCCUACUGGUCACAAAGGAAGCAUUAUAAUCACAAGCCUACAGAACAUAAUAAAGCAGGAAGGCGUGAAGGGACUGUACCGUGGUCUCUCACCAACAAUUCUGGCUCUUCUUCCGAACUGGGCUGUCUACUUCACAGUUUACGAGAAACUUAAGGGGCUAGUCCAUUCACAUGAUGAUAAUGGCAAUCAAGUAAGCACGGGUGCCAACAUUAUAGCUGCUGCGGGGGCUGGAGUUGCCACAGCACUCACUACAAAUCCUUUAUGGGUUGUAAAAACCAGACUCCAAACACAGGGUAUGAGGCCAGAUGUGGUUCCAUAUGCAAGUGUACCUUCUGCUUUAAGGAGGAUUGCACGUGAGGAAGGUCUCCGUGGUUUGUAUAGUGGCAUUCUCCCAUCAUUGGUAGGAAUAAGCCAUGUCGCAAUUCAGUUUCCAGCAUAUGAGAAGAUCAAAUGUUACAUAGCAAAAAAAGAUAAUACAACUGUCGAUCAACUUAGUCCCGGAAGUGUAGCAAUUGCCUCCUCAAUAUCUAAGCUCCUUGCCUCCAUCAUGACUUAUCCACACGAGGUGGUACGUUCCCGGUUGCAAGAGCAGGGACAUGGAGCUAAGGUUCGGUAUAUGGGAGUUAUUGAUUGUGUCAAGAAAGUGUUUCGGAAGGAGGGUAUUCCUGGGUUCUAUCGAGGCUGUGCUACAAAUUUACUGAGGACUACUCCAUCUGCCGUCAUUACAUUUACCAGUUACGAGAUGAUACAUAGAUUUUUAAUACAAGUACUACCUCCAGAUGAAAAACAUUCGCGGUCCCAUCCCCAUUCGCAAUCCCAUCCCCAACCAGAAACCCAAGGAACUAAAGAGGGAGUGAAUAGUGGUGUCUCAAAACAAUCGCAGGCCCACUCACGUAAGCCAACCCACAUAGUUCCGUAGGGAAAGAAAGAGCAGCUAACAGCAUAAGUUCAUUAGAUUUUCUGAUGUAUUCCAUUUUCUGAUUUUGAUAAUUUUUUUUAUGUUUUACAAAAUUGUAGUGCUUAAUUGAAAUGCGGAGGUGAAUAAAAGAAUAAUCUUUUUGUUGUUUUA